CCAGAGCUCGUGGCCCCGCCACAUUAGCAUGUGAGCGGAAUUGGGGGUGGGGCCCCUUCCCUACCGGCGCUGGACCCGGGAGAGGCGGGGCGAGGGGCGGGGCCAAGGGCGGUUGAGAGUCCGAACCCGAAGAUCCAAGAAAGUUUGCUCAGGAGGUUUCAGAGAGGUGCCCCACCCCCACCCCACCCUUGCAGCGGCAGCGACGGGAAAGGGCUGUGGUCAUGUCCCAGAGCCCCAAGCAGCUAGUCCCAGGCCUCCUGCCAAGCAACGGAAAGGUCCCGGGACAGCAGCAGUCAGGGAGCUUUGCAGGGCUGGCUCCAGUGAAGCAGGAGAAGGUAGAUGGCCCUCGGGCCAGUGGCAUGGAGAAAGGGCCCUCAGAAGAGGAGCCCGUGAAGAAGCGAGGUUGGCCCAAGGGCAAAAAGAGGAAGAAGAUUCUUCCAAAUGGGCCAAAGGCACCUGUCACAGGUUAUGUUCGCUUCCUGAACGAGCGGAGGGAGCAGAUCCGAACCCUGCACCCAGACCUGCCCUUCCCAGAGAUCACUAAGAUGUUGGGUGCUGAAUGGAGCAAGCUACAACCUACAGAUAAGCAGCGCUACCUUGAUGAGGCUGAGAGGGAGAAGCAGCAGUACAUGAAGGAGCUCCGGGAAUACCAGCAGUCUGAGGCAUACAAGAUGUGUGCAGAGAAACUCCAGGAGAAGAAAACUAAGAAGGAGGACCCGGGUGCCUCUGCCAUGAACACGCUCCUGAACGGACACAAGGGCGGGGACUUUGACGGCUUCUCCACCUUCGAUGUCCCCAUCUUCACUGAGGAAUUCUUGGACCAGAACAAAGCCAGGGAAGCAGAGCUCCGGCGGCUCAGGAAGAUGAACGUGGCCUUCGAGGAGCAGAACGCGGUCCUGCAGAGGCACACCCAGAGCAUGAGCAGCGCCCGGGAGCGUCUGGAGCAGGAGGUGGCCCGGGAGGAGCGCAGGACCCUGGCCCUGCAGCAGCAGCUGCGCGCCGUCCGCCAGGCGCUCACGGCCAGCUUUGCUUCCCUGCCUGUGCCGGGUACCGGGGAAACCCCCACACUCAGCACUCUGGACUUCUACAUGGCCAAGCUGCACGGGGUCAUUGAGCGGGACCCCAUGCAGCAUGAGAAGCUCAUCCUGCGCAUCAAGGAGAUCCUGUCUCGGAUAGCCAGCGAGCACUUGUGAGGAGCGGCUGGAGGAAGGGCCCGCGCGGAUCCGGACCGUCCUGGGGAAGAAUCGGUCCCAGCAGCUUCGCCCCCGCCCCUCUGUCUCCCAGCUCACUGGGCGGGGCUCGGGCCUCCUCGCCCCACCUCCAGGACCCGCCCAGCGCACAAGGGGCGGGCGUGUGGCUGCCCGCAUCCAGCCAGCUGGCGGAGAGAGAGCCGGGAGCUGCACCCCCUGAGCGGUGGGGGCCGCCGGCCCUGGACCCUCUCCUGGUCUUCCUCUCUCUCCCACUGCCUGACCCAGCUCUCCCCCUCCCUCCCGGAGCGGGAGACUGAGACUCGGCCUCUUGGGCCUGGCCUUUCCAGAUUUAGCUCCGGGAGAUCUACAAAAUCAAAACCUUUCCCUGGACUACUCCGUUCCGUGCCUCUUCCAGUUCCUUUCGCCAUGCCCUGACCCCCACCCCAUGCAGGGAGCCGGCCGCCUCCCUACACAGCCUGGAGCGGCAGCUGUGACCAUCGCAAUCACCUUUUUAAAUAAAAACCGACUCAGCCCAAA